AUGCAGGGUUUCUCCAAUACCAUUUUGGAUCUUGAACUGAUUGAUCCUCUUCUCCAAGGAGCACAGUUCACCUGGUCAAGAGGGGAGGAGACACUCCAAGCAACAAGAAUUGACAGGUUCCUUUAUUCAUCAGAAUGGACUGAGAUGUUCACGGCUAUCAGACAAUACACAAUGCCAAGAGUAAUUUCAGACCAUAAACCCAUCCUGGAAAGUGGAGAUUGGGAGGCAUCACCAUCCUACUUCAAAUUUGAGAACAUGUGGCUUCAAGCAGAAGGCUUCAUUGAUAUGAUAAAAGGAUGGUGGCAGUCCUACAUUAUUCAGGGUACCCCAGACUUUGUGCUGUUGCAGAAACUCAGAAACCUAAAGAAAGACAUUUCUAAAUGGAACAGGGAGCUGGAUCAAUUAGCUGAACUCAGAACCCUUUCAGCACAAGAGAAAGCACAGUCCUUGAAUCUGAAAUUGCAGCUUCAACAAAUUGCAACAGCUGAAGAGAUGUCAUGGAGGCAAAAAUCUAGAUGCUUAUGGCUUAAAGAGGCGGACAAGAACACUAAGUUCUUUCAGAGAAUGGACAAUUCACAUAGAAGGGGUAACUCCAUUGAAAGAUUGAGAAUAGGGGAUGAGCUGACUGAAGAUAAAGGAAGGAUAAAGGAUGGCAUUCUGAAGUAUUAUCAACAAAUUUACAAAGAAGCUGAAUCCUGGACCCCAGGUCCUGAUGGUUACACCAUGGCUUUCUUCCAAAAAUCAUGGUGCUUCAUUAAAGAUGAUAUGCUAGCAGCUCUCAAUUUCUUUCACCAGAAUUGCCAAAUGGUGAGAUCUUGUAAUGCUUCUUUUAUUGCUCUAAUUCCAAAGAAGAAGGCUCGGGCAGAAAGUGCAUUUCUAAAGAAUAGGCAAAUAACUGAUGCAUCCUUGAUUGCUAAUAAGGUGCUAGACUGGAGAAUGAAGAGUGGUGAGUCUGGGAUCUUAUGCAAAUUGGAUAUAGAGAAAGCCUUUGACCAGCUUAACUGGGCCUAUCUAGUCAGCAUUCUGAAACAAAUGGGCUUUGGUAACAGAAGUCUAGUGGGAUUCUUCUCAACUCAAAAGGGGUUGAGGCAGAGGGACCCACUCUCUCCUUUUCUAUUCCUCCUGGCUAUGGAAGGGCUAUCUCAGUUGCUACCUAAGGCUAAAGAACUUCAGUGGGUUCAAGGAUUUCAAGUAGGCAGCAAUCCAGCUACCACUGUCAAUGUGGCCAAUCUAGAGGAACUUGCUGGCAUACUAAGUUGCAAAACUGGGUCCUUACCCACCACCUAUCUAGGUCUUCCCUUGGGGGCAAGUUUCAAAUCUUCUGGAAUCUGGAAUGGAGUUAUUGAAAAAAUGGAAAAGAGACUGGCUACAUGGAAAAUGCAAUACCUCUCCAUGGGAGGUAGGCUCACUCUCAUCAAUAGUGUCCUAGACAGUAUUCCUAUACCAGGUUCAAUUCUAAAACAAAUGGAUAGGCUCAGAAGGAGAUUUCUAUGGGAAGGAAAUAGUCUCACUCACAAGUACUCUCUAGUUAAAUGGCAAUCAGUAACUCAGCCUAAGUUUCAAGAAGGCUUGGGAAUCAGAAAUCUCAAACUUCACAACAACAGCUUACUCAUGAAGUGGCUCUGGAGGUCUGGACAAAUUGAGGCUGGGUUUUGGAGAGACAUCACUAAGGCAAAAUAUGGCAUUCAAGACCACUGGUGUCCAAUGAAAAGCACUGAACCCCAUGGUGUUGGGGUCUGGAGACACAAGCAGUUUCCAAGAUGA